CUGACUGAGGCGUGACGCAUUCACUUCCUGCUCGCGCAGGUAUCUCUCGGUAUCGGACACACCUGAAGCUCCGGAUCUGCCGCAGUUUUACUUGGAAUCAACGACACAUUUCUAUCGAAACUAUAGUUUAAACGACGCUUUUACAUGAGGAAUUACACUGUUUUGUAGGGGACGGACGCUUAAAGUGCUGUUUAAUCGAUUGGUUUUGAAUCAUUUGUAAAGGGAUUUGACUGGAGGCUUCAUUCUUUUGGAGAAUGACUCCGGCUCGACUCUGGUUCUUUGGGACCGCCGUGGUUCUGGUCAUCGUUCUCCUUGUGGCUCCAUCAGAGGCUCAGGAUGAAGGGAAACCCUGUAUGGAAAAAUUCAGUCUUGGCAAAGAGGAUUUCGUGUUGAACACGGAUGAAUCUGUGAAGGAAGGAGCCACGUUCCUGGGUUCUCCUCGGGUGUCUCGGGCUGAAGACUGUGUUCUGGCCUGCUGUAAUGAUCCGAACUGCAAUCUGGCUCUGAUGGAACACGGACAAGAUCCCAAAAGCAUCAGCUUGUGCUACAUCUUCAACUGUCUGUACAAACAGAAGAAAGUCUGUCGCUUUGUGAGGAAGAAGGGCUUCAACAACUACCUUCUGAAGUCUGUUUUCAAAGAUUACCUCGAGCAGAAGGUUUCAGAUUACAUUGAGCAACAGGUGCCAGACGUGGAGGACAAACCUCCGAUUGCAUUGGCCGGGCAGGACAGGGUCGUUCAGCCGCGUGAAGAUGUGACGCUGAACGGCAUUGAGAGCAAAGACGAUAAAAAGAUUGUGAAGUGGGAGUGGGAGCAGGUGUCUGGAGACCCGUCGGCUGUUAUGACGAAAGGGCAUUUUGAGGAUGCAGUGACCGUCUCCAAUCUUUCUCCGGGGAUGUAUAAGUUCAGACUCACGGUCACAGAUGAUGCAGGACAGACGGGCUCGACCGAGGUGUCGGUUUUGGUCCUGACGCCAGAACAGUCACUCCAUCACUGUCUGGUGCCGAAGAAGGAGGGUCCGUGUCGAGGCUCUUUUCCACGUUGGCACUACAACGCCGUCACCGAGAAAUGUGAGGAGUUCAAGUUUGGAGGCUGCAAACCAAACCGCAAUAACUACCUGGCGCUCAACGAAUGCCAGAACGCUUGCGACAAAGUUUCAGUUUCUUCUGGUCCUCCAUCUGGAAGAUUAGGUCCGAUCCAGAAUCCUGAUGAGCAGUGUGGCACGCCGUGUGGUCCGGAUCACUUCUCCUGUUCUAAUGGAUGUUGCAUCGGAAAAGAUUUCGAAUGUGACGGAGAAACGCAGUGCAGCGACGGUUCGGACGAGGCCGAGUGCGACAGAUUGAACAAAAAGUUCAGUCGAUUGCUGGAGAUUCCUGUGGACAAAUCCAAAGCUCAUUGCGUGGAGCCGCCGGUAACGGGACCUUGUCGCGCAAGUUUCACCUACUGGUACUACAAUCCGUAUGAAAUGCGCUGUAACCGGUUUAACUACGGUGGCUGUGAUGGAAAUUUGAACCGCUUUGAAAAAGAGGAAGAGUGCAUUAGGACGUGCAAUUCAGUGACUGAGGCUGACGUGUUUGCCAGACGUGCACAGUUUGAGAAACAAGAAGGCAAGGACAAUACAGCUGCUAUUGUAUUCGCAGUCGUCCUGGGCUUCGCCAUCGCCAUCCUGCUGGUUGUCAUCACAUGCUGCCUCGUGAAGGGAAAGAAGAAGCGUCGGAACAAGCAUCAGCCAGUGGCUGUUAACGGCGUUCACACCUAUGUGGAUUCAGAGAAACUCGUCUACAACAGCACAACCAAACCCAUCUGAACUCAGCCGGGGUGUGACGUGAAAAUGAUUUUGUAUAUGCAGUAAUUAUUUUAUUUCUUCACUUGGGUUUGUUUUGAGCAGACAGGCUGGUAACUGUGUUUGGUUUAGUUUGAAAACUUUUAUUACCAGAAUAUUUUCAGAAUAAUAUGAGAUUGAUCUACUUCUGUCCUUUUGCUUUGUUGGAUUUCACUCAGGGGUAAAUGUGCAUGUACUAAAGCCAGUUUUUAAAAUCCAGACCACACAAAAUAAAUCAUUUUUGAGCCAUUUGCUUUUAGUUUGCAGUGCGAUUAGUACAGUUAGUUUGAAGACUGGAAGGUUUUUUGUGUGUGUCUCUCAGAAAUGCUGCCUCUCAACUGUUUAUCUUAAAUCAAUGUAAACUUUUCCUUAUUACUUAGAAAUUCGUUACAUAUUUUAGAAUGUUUGAGAUCUGAGAUAUUGAUCUGUGGCUCUUUGUUUUGUUUUUUUGUAUCCAUGAGCCACACGUUUUUUUUUUUUUAUUGCUUUUUUUUUUUUAGUAAACUGAUAUUUUGGAUGCAGGAAUUACAAAUAUAUGGUGAAAAAUACAUAACCCCACAAUACAGAUAUGUACAUAGAUUUUUUUAAUGUGUUAUCUAUACUGAUCUUGGAAAGUCUCAAUAAAACUAAUAUGUACAGAC